AACUUUUUACUCUUGCCCCAACAGGUUAUCUUCUACGAGGACAGGAACUUCAUGGGGCGCUCCUAUGAGUGCACCGGUGAUUGUUCCGAUAUGCACUCUUACAUGAGCCGCUGCCACUCCUGCAGGGUGGAGAGCGGCUGCUGGAUGGUCUACGACCGCACCAACUUCAUGGGAAACCAGUAUUUCAUGAGGAGGGGCGAGUACGCUGACUACAUGAGCAUGUGGGGCUGGGGAAACAACUGCAUCAGGUCCUGCCGCAUGAUCCCUAUGUACAGAGGAUCCUACAGAAUGAGGAUCUAUGAGAGGGACAACUUCAUGGGUCAGAUGUAUGAGAUGUCGGACGACUGCGAUUCCUUCAUGGAUCGCUACCAUUGGUCCAACGGUUGCAUGUCCUGCCAUGUGAUGGACGGCCACUGGCUCAUGUACGAGUAUCCCCACUACAGAGGCAGGAUGUGGUACUUCAGGCCUGGAGAGUACAGGAACUUCAGAGACUACGGUGGCAUGAGGUUCAUGAGCAUGAGGCGCAUCAUGGACUCCUGGUAUUAAAAAAAUAAGAACUUUUUUGAUGUGACAACCAGCAAACUUUGAAUAAAAUGUACAAUCAUUACUACAUAAGUUGUUAUAUUGUUCCUUCUCAAAUAAAUGAAUUAAACACAAGCACCCUUAAACACAAGUGGGUACUAACAGAGAUGAUCAAUAGAUGGGUGAAAAAUUUAAGGAAAACCAAUUUAUGCUGUAGGGGGUCACUUCUUGUUUUGCUGGCAUGCUUUGGCUCCACUUGUCCCCUUAAAGGGAAAUCACUGCAAAUCAAUACAAAGUUCUCAUCACCUUGAUAGGAUAAUGGAACACUUCAUGAUGGGUACUGUCACGUCCCGAGACGUAAGGGAAUUGAGUACGGAAGCAGGUGCAGGUGAAGACGUAUUUAUUUAAGAGCAGGCAGACAAAUCCAAAUCAUAAUCCUAAAAACGUAAUCAAGACAGGCAAAGGCUCGGGCGAUCGGCAAACAGGCAUAAACGGGGCAAAGCAGGAAUCAAAGUCGCAGUCACAGGAAACAGGGUCAAAAACACAAAACAAGAAACAUGAACUAGUACUAUAAACCUGGAGUGGAAAAACCAGCAUGGACUAAUGAACUAAUCUAAAGUUUAAACUAACUAAAUCUAUCAAGGUAACUUGAUAGCGCUUGAAGCGCUGGCAGCUGAAAACAAUAAAGCCACACCCCUGAACCACAACCAACGACAGAACAGGGAGGAGACAGAGCAGAAACAAAACAAAUGCACGUGUCCACAGUAAACAAUGUCACAGUUGUCAACAUCUGAAGAGCAUGCGCUCGCGGAGCACUCGAGCUACGUGCACGCACGCGCCCUCUCAUCUUUCCAAGCGCGCUGCCAGAAGGGGAGAUUGUUACAGGUAUCAUCUCUUCCAGUGUGACCCCAUCCACACGGCACAAGGGCUCACACGUGGAAGAGCAGUGUUAAUCCCUGUAGUAUAGUUCCAGAGGCUUGUAGAAUCUGUGCCAAGGCAUAUUGAAGCUGUUCUGGCAGCUUGUGAUGUCACAACACCUUACUAAGACAAAUUAUGUUGGCUUCUUUAAUCUGUUGUCUGUCUGUUUUGUUCACUUUUCCCAAAAUUCUUUGGUUGUCCCUCUGGGGGAACCGUUAAAGGUUCUAUGUAGAACCCUACCAGAGAAUUUUUCUCAGAAGGUUUCAACCUUUUCUUGGAGACUCCUUUUGCUAAAAUUAUGCAUGUAUGAACUAACCACCCAAAUUUGUUCCGCUAU